AUGGAUCCAGCUGAGCCCCAAGAGAGUCCAAAAUCGUUGCUGAAUGUCAAGCAUAUAAUAUUAAUAUUAUCAGGUAAAGGAGGAGUUGGAAAAUCAUCUGUUACUACACAAACUGCCUUGACACUUGUUAAUAAAGGGUUUAACACUGGGGUAUUGGAUAUAGACUUAACUGGGCCGUCUUUACCCCGGAUGUUUGGAGUAGAAACAAAACAGGUCCAUCAAUCGUCCGCAGGAUGGGUUCCGGUAUCGGUGUAUAAUAAUGGACAGGAAAAAGAUGAACAAAAGAAGAGGGGGAAUUUAUCGUUAAUGUCCUUAGGAUUCUUGAUAGGAAAUAGAAAUAGCUCUGUGGUAUGGAGAGGUCCAAAAAAAACGGCCAUGAUUAGACAGUUUCUUAAAGACGUAGUGUGGAGUGGCGGCGAAAAUAAUGUCCCGUUAGAUUACUUGUUGAUUGACACUCCACCAGGAACUUCAGACGAGCAUAUUGCUAUAGCAGAAGAGUUACGUUGGGCAAAUCCAGAUGGGGCUAUCAUCGUUACUACGCCACAACAAGUUGCAACUGCCGAUGUUCGUAAAGAGAUCAAUUUUUGUAAAAAAGUCAACUUUGAUGUACUAGGCGUUGUAGAGAAUAUGAGUGGGUUUAUAUGCCCGCAUUGCUCUGAAUGCACCAAUAUCUUCCUGAGUGGUGGUGGUAAAGAGCUAAGUGAAAAUUUGGACUUGAAAUUUCUCGGCAAUGUCCCAAUAGACCCAAGUUUUGUCGAAAUGAUUGAAAUGCAAGAUAAUGAACAGAAUGAUGGAAAGAAGAAGCUCAUUGAUUUAUAUGAUGACUGCGAAUUAAAAGAGAUUAUGGAAGGUAUCGUCGAUAAAGUAUUAGAGCAACAGCAUCCACCUAGGUUUUAA